AUGACUUACAAUACUAUUUACUUUAACACAAUUAAUUCUAAUUUUUUUCUAGGCUAUGACUGUUAUAUACUAAUUAUGUACUGCUCAUGGCUAUGAGAAGAUUAAUAGGAAAAACAUUCAAAUUUUACAAACAAGCAGUAAAUCAGGCCUUCAGCGAAACAAACUUAUUUUACACUAAUGUUGUACUGUCAAUAGCUAUAUCAAGUACAGGUGAUUUGUUAGAGCAAAGUUAUGAGUUCUAUAGACAAGAAAUUAAUAAAUUUGACUUUAAGCGUACAGCACAUAUGGCAUUUUCUGGAUGCACAGCUGGUGUACUAUGUCACCACUGGUACAAAUUUUUGGAUAAAAUAAUAAAAAAGCGUACAAUACAGAAUGUCAUAAAGAAACUAAUCCUUGAUCAAUGUAUAUGGUCACCUAUCAUUAUCCUAUCCUUUUUUGCCACUGUAGCAAUAUUCGAAGAUAAUCCAAUUGAAAAUUUCACUGAUGAAGUACAUGAGAAGUUCUGGAUACUGUAUAAAGCUGAAUGGGUAGUUUGGCCGCCAGCACAAAUCAUAAACUUUUAUUUCUUGCCAACAAAAUACAGAGUACUUUAUGAUAACACAAUAUCUUUGGGAUAUGAUAUUUAUACUUCCCAUGUAAAACACAGUAAGACUAAAAAAUAUGUUGAGAAAAACGAAAAUUAGAUUUUUCUUAACUUUUGCUAGGUUUUAAGAUAUAUGAAAAUUAUAAAGACAAUAAAAGCGUUAUGUACAUGAACCCUCAACUGUUUUGUUCAUUAAUUUUAAAAUAAACUUGUUUUAAAUA